AUGCAGGACGUGGAGGUGCCGCUUCACCUCCUUCGCUACGUCUGUCUGUUUUGUGGGAAACACGGCCUCUCCCUGAUGAAGGAAUGCUUUGAGCUGGGCACACCAGAGAGCCUCCCCUUCCCCAUCGCUCAUGCCUUUAUCACAAUUGUCUCAAAUAUACGAAUAUGGUUGCACAUUCCUGCAGUUAUGCAGCACAUCAUACCCUUCCGCACCUAUGUAAUACGGUACCUGUGUAAGCUAUCCGACCAGGAGCUGCGCCAAAGCGCCGCCCGCAACAUGGCCGACCUGAUGUGGAGCACGGUGAAGGAGCCGCUGGACAGCGCGCUGUGCUUCGACAAGGAGAGCCUGGACCUCGCCUUCAAGUACUUCAUGUCUCCCACUCUCACCAUGCGGUUAGCCGGACUCAGCCAAAUCACGAACCAGCUCCACACAUUUAACGACGUGUGCAACAACGAGUCGCUGGUGUCUGACACAGAAACGUCCAUAGCAAAGGAGCUAGCAGACUGGCUAAUCCACAACAACGUGGUGGAGCACAUAUUCGGACCCAAUUUGCACAUUGAGAUCAUUAAGCAGUGCCAAGUGAUCCUGAACUUCUUGGCUGCGGAGGGCCGGCUCAGCACGCAGCAUAUAGACUGUAUCUGGGCUGCAGCUCAGUUGAAACACUGCAGCCGCUACAUCCAUGACCUUUUCCCGUCGUUAAUAAAGAACCUGGACCCAGUGCCUCUCCGUCACGUCCUGAACCUGGUGUCGGGCCUGCAUCCCAGCGCCCACACUGAGCAGACGUUGUACCUGGCCUCCAUGCUGAUAAAGGCUCUGUGGAACAACGCUCUUGCAGCCAAGGCCCAGCUCUCCAAACAGAGCUCUUUUGCUUCGCUGCUGAACACCAACCUCCCCAUGGGGAACAAGAAAGGCUCUCCGGCUGCCAGUCCGGACAGCAGCGAUAACAGCGACACGCAGCACAGCGGCGGCAGCGACAUGGAGAUGGACGAUCAGAUGAUGGUGCCCAGCAACAAGAGGAGCCAGCAGCGGCUCUCAGAUACCGAGGAGUCGAUGCAGGGAAGCUCCGACGAGACGGCCAACAGCGUGGAGGAGGGCAGCAGCGGCCCCGGCAGCAGCAGCGGGCGCAGCGAGGCCUCCAGCAACGAGGCCGCCUCCAGCCGCGCCAGCCAAUCAGCCGGCAGCCCCGGCAGCGAGCUGCACUCUGACGACAUGGCCGACAGCGAGGCCCUGAAGGAGGAGGAGGAGGAGGACGAGGAGGAGGAUGAGGAGGAGGACGAGGACGACGACGAGGAAGACGACGACGAAGGGAACGCGUCCAACGCCGAGGACGGGCAGCAGAAGGAGGGGCACACCGAGACGAGGAAGAGGAAGGCCGGGGAGGCGCUCGGCGAGGGGUCGGCUCACGGCGUGGGCCCCAUCGGGUCAGGGGGAGGAGCCAAAACCAAAGUCCUCCAGUUCAGCCCGGAGACGUCCGCUGUCAUGGUAACGGCGGCGUCGACUUCUUUAGAGGGCCGGUUGCGGCUGCUGGAUGCUUGCUCUUCGUCGUCAUCGGUGCGGGCCGAGGCGAUGGAGCCCCAGCAGCAGCCGGAGGACAUCAGCCCGUCUCAGAUGGGCCAGGGGCCCCAGGAGCCGCCCUGCCUGCCCAGGCCGGGGGACUUCCUGGGAGAGGCCAUGAGCAGCGAGCUGUUCAACUGCCGCCGGUUCAUCGGCCCGCAGCACCACCACCACCACCACCACCACCAUCAUCAUCAUCACCACCAUCACCACGAAGGUCCCAUGGUGGAGGACAUGCUGAGUGCUGAUGACGUCAGCUGCAGCAGCUCCCAGGUCAGCGCCAAGUCAGAGAAAAACAUGGCCGACUUUGACGGCGAGGAGUCGGGCUGCGAGGAGGAGCUGGUCCAGAUCAACUCCCAUGCUGAGCUCAGCUCCCACCUGCAGCAGCACCUCCCCAACCUGGCCUCCAUCUACCAUGAGCACCUGGUGCAAGGUCCAUCUGUUCAUAAACAUCAGUACUCCAGCCACGCCAUGACCGACAUCAACCUCGAUAAUGUCUGUAAGAAGGGGAAUACGCUGCUCUGGGAUUUGGUGCAGGACGAAGACGCGAUUCAUCUCUCUGAGGGUCUGAUUAACGAAGCGGAGAAGCUGCUGUGUUCUCUGGUCUGCUGGUUCACCGACAGACAGAUCCGAAUGCGCUUCAUCGAGGGUUGCCUUGACAACUUGGCCCAUCAUCGGUCCGUCGUGGUUUCCUUGCGCUUACUUCCUAAGCUUUUUGGCACUUUCCAGCAGUUUGGCUCCAGUUACGACACCCACUGGAUUACUAUGUGGGCUGAGAAGGAGCUGCACAUGAUGAAGCUGUUCUUCGACAACCUGCAACACUACAUCCAAGAAGUCCGAGAACACCGACACAAGUUUGCUCUGUACAGCCACAGUGCAGAGGUGCAGGUCCGCCUGCAGUUCCUCACCUGCGUCUUCUCAACGCUGGGAUCACCAGACCACUUCAGACUGAGUCUGGAACAGGUGGACAUCCUGUGGCACUGUCUGGUAGAAGACGCUGAAUGCUACGAUGAUGCGCUGCACUGGUUCCUCAAUCAGGUUCGCAGCAAGGACCAGCACGCCAUGGGCAUGGAGACGUACAAGCACCUUUUUCUGGAGAAGAUGCCUCAGCUGAAACCAGAAACCAUCAGCAUGACCGGCCUCAACCUCUUCCAGCACCUCUGCAACCUGGCUCGCCUCGCCACCAGCACCCUGGACAACGCCUCCAGCUGCGAGCUGUGUGGGAUGGACCAGCUGUGGGGAAUCGCUCUGAGAGCUCAGUCUGCUGACAUCUCCCGCGCCGCCAUCCAGUACAUCAACUCCUACUACAUCAACGCUGGUAAGACGGGCCUGGAGAAGGAGCAGGAGUUCAUCAGGAAGUGCAUGGAGAGCCUCCUGAUGGCCUCAGCCAACAUGGAGAAGGACGGUCACUCCAGCCUGACCAGCAUCGAGCGGGGGCUGCUCAUGCUCAAAACGCACCUAGAGGCCUUCCGACGCAGGUUUGCGUAUCACCUUCGGCAGUGGCAGAUCGAGGGGACGGGAAUCAGCAGCCAUCUGAAAGCUCUGAGUGACAAACAGUCUCUGCCUCUCAGGAUCGUCUGUCAGCCUGCUGGCCUUCCUGACAAGAUGACCAUUGAGAUGUAUCCCAGUGAUCAGGUUGCUGACCUGCGGGCUGAGGUGACCCACUGGUACGAGAACCUGCAGAAGGAGCAGAUGAACCAGCAGGCGCAGCUGCAGGAGUUCGGUCAGAGCAGCCGGCAGCAGGGCGACUUCCCAGGUGGUUUGAUGGGACCAGUUCGAAUGAUCUCCUCCGGCCACGAACUCACUACAGAUUACGACGAAAAGACUCUGCAUGAGCUGGGAUUUAAAGACAUGCAGAUGGUGUUUGUCUCUCUGGGAGCGCCACGGAGGGAGAGGAAGGGGGAGGGCGUCCAGCUGCCGGCCUCCUGUCUGCCUCCGCCGCAGAAGGAGCACAUCCCCAUGCUGCUGCUCCUCCAGGAGCCACACCUCACCACGCUGUUCGACCUGCUGGAGAUGCUGGCCUGUUUCAAACCUCCCAGUCCAAACACAGAGAAGCUGCAGGAGAGCCCAGAGAGCGCACGCUGCGAGGAGCUCCACCUCCACGCAGAGAAUCUGUCCCGUCGGGUUUGGGAGCUGCUCAUGCUCCUCCCUACGUGUCCCAAGAUGCUGCAGGCCUUCCAGAACAUCUCAGACGAGGCGAGCGGGGAGGGCCUUUGUUGGAAGGAGCUGUUGAGGAUUAAAAGUCCCCACAAGCUGCUGUACGCGCUGGAGAUCAUCGAGGCGCUGGGAAAACCCAACAGGCGCAUCCACAGAGAGUCGACUGGCAGCUACAGCGAUCUGUACCCAGACUCUGACGACUCCAGUGAAGAUCAGAUAGAAAACAGCAAGAACACCUGGAGCUGCAAGUUUGUUUCAUCUGGAGGUCUCCAGCUGCUCCUGGAGAUCUUCAACUCUGGCAUCCUGGAGCCCAAAGAUCAGGAGUCCUGGACUGUGUGGCAGCUGGACUGCCUCGCCUGCCUCCUGAAGCUGAUCUGCCAGUUCGCAGUCGACCCCGCAGACCUGGACCUGGCCUACCACGACGUCUUUUCCUGGUCCGGCCUUGCCGAGAGCCAACGCAAACGGGCGUGGCCUGGAAAAUCCCGCAAAUCCACGGUGGAGCACGGAAAAAGCCUGCACAUCCCGCGCCUUACAGAGGUCUUCCUCAGUCUCGUUCAGGGCACCAACCUGAUUCAGCGGCUCAUCAAUGUGGCCUACACCUACGACAACCUCGCACACAGAGUCCUAAAGGCUCAGUCUGACCACAGGUCGCGGCAUGAAGUGACUCACUACUCGAUGUGGCUGCUGGUGAGCUGGGCUCACUGCUCGUCCACUGUGAAGUCCAGCCUGGCCGACAGCGACCACCUCCACGAUUGGCUCAAGAAGCUCACGCUGCUGGUUCCUGAGCCGGCCGUGAGGCACGAGGCGUGUAACGGCCUCUACAAGCUCUCCCUGUCCGGUUUGGAGGGUGGAGAGUCCAUCAACCGAUCCUUUCUGCUUCUUGCCGCCUCCACGCUGCUCAAAUUCCUGCCUGAUGCUCAGGCUCUCAAACCACUACGGGUGGAGGAUUACGAGGAGGAGCCUCUGCUGCGGACCGGCUGUAAGGAAUAUUUCUGGCUUCUCUGCAAACUCAUCGAUAACAUCCACGUGAAAGAUGCCAGCCAGAAGGUCUCUCCCUCUCUGUCGCUGACCGGCACGAUGCAGACCACGCUGCUGGACCUCGACGCUCUCGCCCGGCACCUCGCCGACUGCAUCAGGAGCCGGGAGAUCCUGGACCAGCAGGACGGGAACAUCGAGGACGACGGGUUGACGGGCCUCCUGCGUCUCGCCACCAGCGUCCUCAAGCACAAGCCGCCGUUCAAGUUCUCCCGCGAGGGACAGGAGUUUCUGCGGGACGUCUACAACCUCCUCUUCCUCCUGCCCAGCCUGGCCGACCGGGCUCAGCCCAAGUGCAAGUCCCACCCCGCCCGCGCGGCCGCCUACGACCUGCUGGUGGAGAUGGUGAAGGGCUCGGUGGAGAACUACCGGCUGCUGCACAACUGGGUCAUGUCGCAGCACAUGCAGUCUUCUCACGCCCCGUAUAAGUGGGACUACUGGCCCCACGACGACGUCCGGGCCGAGUGCCGCUUCGUUGGGCUGACGAACCUCGGAGCAACCUGCUACAUGGCGUCCACCAUCCAGCAGCUGUACAUGAUCCCUGAGGCCCGACAAGCCGUCUUCACUGCACAGUACUCUGAGGAGAUCAAACACAAGACGACGCUGCUGGAGCUGCAAAAGAUGUUCACCUAUCUCAUGGAGAGCGAGAGGAAGGCGUACAACCCUCGACCUUUCUGCAAAACGUAUACGAUGGACAAACAGCCUCUGAACACCGGCGAGCAGAAAGACAUGACCGAGUUCUUCACCGACCUCAUCACCAAGAUCGAGGAAAUGUCCCAGGAGCUGAAAAACACGGUAAAGACUCUGUUUGGAGGCGUCAUCACCAACAACGUUGUUUCUCUGGAUUGUGACCAUGUCAGUCAGACUGCAGAGGAGUUUUACACAGUCAGAUGUCAAGUGGCGGACAUGAAGAACAUCUACGAGUCUCUGGACGAGGUGACCAUCAAGGACACGCUGGAAGGCGACAACAUGUACACCUGCUCGCAGUGCGGCAAGAAGGUCCGCGCAGAGAAAAGAGCUUGCUUCAAGAAGCUGCCGCGCAUCCUGAGCUUCAACACCAUGAGGUACACAUUCAACAUGGUGACCAUGAUGAAGGAGAAGGUGAACACACACUUCUCCUUCCCGCUGCGCCUCGACAUGACUCCCUACACGGAGGACUUCCUCAUGGGCAAAGGAGAGCGCAAAGAGGGUUUUCGGGAAGAGGGGGAGCAGAGCGUUACGGAGAGCUACGAGUACGACCUCAUCGGUGUCACCGUGCACACGGGCACCGCGGACGGCGGCCAUUACUACAGCUUCAUCAGGGACAUCGUCAACCCCCACGCCUACAAGAACAACAAGUGGUAUCUGUUCAACGAUGCAGAGGUGAAGCCCUUCGACUCGGCCCAGCUGGCCUCCGAGUGCUUCGGAGGAGAGAUGACGACCAAAACCUACGACUCCGUCACCGACAAGUUCAUGGAUUUCUCCUUCGAGAAGACACACAGUGCCUACAUGCUGUUCUACAAGCGAGUGGAGCUGGAGGAAGAAAACGGAAAAGAUUUCAGUUUUGAUGUCUCUCCUGAUCUGCUCGAGUGGAUUUGGCAUGACAACAUGCAGUUUCUGCAGGACAAAAACAUCUUUGAGCACACAUAUUUUGGAUUCAUGUGGCAGCUGUGCAGCAGCAUCCCCAGCACCUUACCGGACCCUAAAGCCGUCUCACUCAUGACCGCAAAGCUCAGCACAUCUUUUGUUCUUGAGACUUUCAUUCACUCUAAAGAGAAGCCCACCAUGCUGCAGUGGAUUGAACUUCUCACCAAGCAGUUCAACAACAACCAGGCAGCCUGCGAGUGGUUUCUGGAUCGGAUGGCGGACGAUAACUGGUGGCCGAUGCAGAUCCUCAUAAAAUGCCCCAAUCAGAUCGUCAGACAGAUGUUCCAGAGGUUGUGCAUUCAUGUCAUCCAGAGGCUGCGGCCAGUUCACGCCCACCUGUACCUGCAGCCAGGAAUGGAGGACGGCUCCGAUGACAUGGACGGCCCCGUGGAGGACAUCGGGAGUCGAUCCUGUGUCACUCGAUUCGUCAAGACCCUUCUGUCCAUCAUGGAGCACGGCGUCAAGCCUCACAGCAAACACCUGACCGAGUACUUCGCCUUUCUCUACGAGUUCGCCAAGAUGGGGGAGGAAGAGAGUCAGUUCCUGUUGUCACUACAAGCCAUUUCCAUCAUGGUGCACUUUUACAUGGGAACCAAAGGUCCAGAAAAUCCUCAGGUUGAGGUGCUGUCAGAGGAAGAGGCAGAGGAGGAGGAUGAAGAGGAGGACAUCUUGUCUCUAGCAGAGGAGAAAUAUCGUCCAGCUGCUCUGGAGAAGAUGAUCGCGCUCAUCGCUUUGCUUGUGGAGCAGUCUCGCUCUGAGAGACAUCUGACUCUUUCCCAGAGCGACAUGGCGGCUCUGACCGGAGGAAAAGGUUUCCCCUUCCUGUUCCAGCACAUCCGAGACGGCAUCAACAUCAGACAGACCUGCAACCUCAUCUUCAGCCUCUGUCGCUAUAACAACCGCCUGGCUGAACACAUCGUGUCGAUGCUCUUCACCUCCAUUGCCAAACUCACUCCUGAGGCUGCCAAUCCUUUCUUCAAGCUGCUGACCAUGUUGAUGGAGUUCGCAGGCGGACCUCCGGGGAUGCCCUCCUUCGCCUCCUACAUCCUCCAAAGGAUCUGGGAGGUGAUCGAGUAUAACCCUUCCCAGUGUUUGGACUGGCUGGCCGUCCAGACUCCCAGGAACAAACUGGCUCACAGCUGGGUGCUGCAGAACAUGGAGAACUGGGUGGAGCGCUUCCUUCUGGCGCACAACUACCCCCGAGUCCGCACAUCUGCCGCGUACCUCCUGGUCUCCCUCAUCCCCAGUAACUCCUUCCGCCAGAUGUUCCGCUCCACUCGCUCCCUCCACCUGCCCACCCGCGAGCUGCCGCUGUCCCCUGACACCACCGUGGUGCUGCAUCAGGUCUACAACCUGCUGCUGGGGCUGCUGGGCCGGGCCAAGCUGUACGUGGACGCCAGCGUUCACGGGACCACCAAGCUGGUGCAAUAUUUCAGCUUCAUGACUUACUGCCUCAUCUCCAAGACGGAGAAACUCAUGUUCUCCGGAUACUUCAUGGACCUGUGGAACCUGUUCCAGCCGAAGCUGUCGGAGCCGGCCAUCGCCACUAACCACAACAAGCAGGCGCUGCUGUCCUUCUGGUACAACGUGUGUGUGGAUUGUCCCGAGAACGUCAGGCUGGUGGUGCAGAACCCCGUGGUGACCAAGAACAUCGCCUUCAACUACAUCCUGGCGGAUCACGACGACCAGGAGGUGGUGCUGUUCAACCGGGGCAUGCUGCCCGCCUACUACGGCAUCCUGCGGAUGUGCUGCGAGCAAUCGCCCGCCUUCACCCGCCAGCUGGCGUCGCACCAGAACAUCCAGUGGGCCUUCAAGAACCUGACGCCGCACGCCAGCCAGUAUCCAGGGGCGGUGGAGGAGCUGUUCAACUUGAUGCAGCUGUUUGUGGCUCAGCGCGUCGACAUGAAGGAGGAGGAGCUGGACGACAUCAAGCAGUUUAAGAAAACCACCAUCAGCUGCUACCUGCGAUGCCUGGAUGGACGCUCCUGCUGGACCACCCUCAUCAGUGCCUUCAGAGUUCUGCUGGAGAACGACGAGGACCGACUGCUGGUUGUGUUCAACAGAGGCCUCAUCCUCAUGACCGAGUCCUUCAACACGCUGCACAUGAUGUACCACGAGGCCACGGCGUGCCACGUCACCGGAGACCUGGUGGAGCUGCUCUCCAUCUUUCUGUCCGUCCUCAAAUCCACCCGGCCGUUCCUGCAGCGCAAAGAUGUGAAGCAGGCUCUGAUCCAGUGGCAGGAGAGGAUCGACUUCGCACACAAGCUGCUGACUCUGCUCAACUCGUACAGCCCUCCUGAGCUGCGGAACGCCUGCCUCGAUGUGCUGAAGGAGCUGGUGCUGCUGAGUCCUCAUGACUUCCUGCACACCCUGGUGCCGUUCCUGCAGCACAACCACUGCACCUACCACCACAGCAACAUCCCCAUGUCGUUUGGCCCCUACCUGCCCUGCAGGGAGAACAUCAAGCUGAUGGGAGCCAAAAACAACAUCCGGCCUCCCAGACCAGAACUCAACAUGUGUCUGCUGCCGUCGUUGGUGGAGAGCAGCAAGGGGAAAGACGAGGUUUACGACCGGAUGCUGCUGGAUUACUUCCUGUCCUACCAUCAGUUCAUUCACCUCCUGUGUCGCGUCGCCAUCAACUGCGAGAAGUUCACCGAGACGCUCGUCAAACUAAGCGUCCUGAUCGCGUAUGAAGGACUCCCUCUUCAUCUCGCUCUCUUCCCCAAACUGUGGACAGAGCUCUGCCAGUCACAGUCUGUUUUGGCUAAAACCUGUGUGAAGCUGCUGUGUGAAGACCCGGCCUUCAGCGAAUACGUCAAAUGCAUCCUGAUGGACGAGAGGACGUUCCUCAACAACAGCGUGGUCUACUCCUUCCUCACCUGCUUCCUGCCCAAGAUCCAGGUGCUGUCCGGGCCCAGCUGCUCCAACCUGAUCAGCGUUUUAGUGACCAACCUGCUGACGGAGCAGAGCAACCUGCAGCCGGAGCUGGCGCUGCACCGCGUGGAGCUGAACAAGACCAGCAGCCUGCUGAACGCUGAUUUGAGGUCGUUGGUGUUGCUGCUCUCCAUCCAGCCGCCCCCGAGCAUCGAUGCCGCCCUGUGCCCGGCCCUGCAGGAGCUGCUGGGUCGCUGCCGCCUCUGUCUGCAGCAGCGCAGCUCUCUGGAGCUGGAGGCCAAGGACCUCAAGUCCAAAGCCGAGGACGAAGGAGCGACGCCGGUGAAGCGCCGCAGGGUGAGCAGCGACGACGACAGAGCUGCGGACGCAGCCGCGCCGCUCUGCAUGGCGACUUCCUCCUCUUCCUCGGUGCUCCCCGUCUGCGGCGACCCGAAGCCCGACCAGCAGGAGGCGCUGACGCCCGCCAGCACCUCCGACACGGAAACGCGCGACUCGUCGUCCCUCAUCGAUCCCGGCACCGAGCAGGACCCUCCGUCUCCAGAACCGACGCCGGCCACUUCCCGGAACAUGGACUCCGCUCUGAAGGAGGAGAAGAUGGAGGUGUCCUCUUCGUCGUCCUCCUCGUUCUCCUCCUCCUCUUCCUCCUCGCUGCUGCAGGACGCAGGCGACGGGUUCGUCCAGGUGGAGGAGCCCGAGGCGCCGCAGCCGGGCGGCGCCGCCGAAGAGCGGGAAGAGGAGCGGCGAAGAGCGGAGCCGCCGCCGCCGGCUCCCUCCGACGGGGAGGCGAAGGAUUCGGCGGCGGCUAACGUUAGCGGUUCCGCUCCGACGCUCCCGGAGGACGCCACCUCGCCGUCCGCCAUCGGGUUGGUCGGGGACGGGUCCGACGGCGCCGGCACCUCCCAGGUCAUCCUGAGCGGCGGCGCCCCGCCGCCCGACAUGCUGGACAUGCUGCACAGGACGGUAGAGGCCACCAUCGCCAUAGUUACCAAACUGUCUGUCAAAGCGACGCCAUCCUCAUGA